GUGUACCUGGACUUAAGAACUUCGGAACCAUUGAUCCAUUGCAUGUUAAACGUGUUGUUGUGGCUGAAGAUGGCAAUAGUCCUGUCUCCAUCAACCUAGCUCUCUCCAACAUAGAAGUUCUUGGCUUCAGUAACACCAAAGUACUCGAAGCCAGUUUUGAUCAGACAAAAUACAUUACGAAGCUGAAAUUUGUAGUCCCCGAUAUAAAAAUUCUAUCUGAUUACGAGGGUAAAGGACGUGUAUUAACAUUGCCAUUGAAUGGCAACGGAAAGGCUCAAAUGGAUAUUAAAAACCUAACUGCUAAUGUAAUAUGCAAACUUAAACGUCGCGACGAAUAUGGUAUGAAAUUUACGGACAUACAAAAAGUUCGGAUGGAUAUUGAUGUUGGUGGAUUUCAUAUAAAUUUGGAAAACCUUUUUAAUGGCCAAGAGGUUUUGGAACAAACGGCCAAUAAUUUAUUCAAUGAUAAUUGGAAAGAACUGUUCGAAGCUUUACGGCCAUCAAUUACAGCAACAAUACAAACAGUUCUGGAGGAUCGCUACAAAAAAUUGUUUGCUUAUAUUCCGGCAACAUAUUUUAUCGAAGAUUUAGAAUAA